CUUCUUCCUUUUUCUUCUUCAUUCUCUCGAACGCCUCGUGUGUAUGCUGCACAAAGGGCUCUUUUCCUUUUGUGCUUUAUCUUCAUCAAUCGAGCAAACAUUUUUUUGGUUUUCCAAUUGCCGUUUCGAUCAGUUGUAUUUCAACCGCCCGUCCUCGAUUCUGCCGAUCGAUUGACGAUUUUCCGGAUUUAAUCUGCACACUGUUUGAUGGGACUGUCUUCGGGGUCUCCUUUUCAUCACCAGCAUUCUCCAAACAUGCUGCCUCCACGUCAACAAAUAGGAUUUGGAGUACUGCGGACAUCCCUAUCCCUUGUUUCACCAGAUGCUUGUGGUUCUGCCAAUUUUCAUGAGCGCGGCUCAAACUGUGACCAGGUCCGUGAAUCCCCUUCAGAAAGUGCUAGUUCACGGGAAACAUGGCCCACUGCUGAUGCCUUGAUGGCAAAAAAACUGGAGAAGGAGAAGGAAGGUAAUAAUGAUUUUGCAGAACAUUCUGUUGUCCGGCAUAUUUCAAGCUCUGAUAAGAUUUCUCUCAGAGAUGUGGCCAGAGAAAGAGUAGAUGUUAUAUCUGAACGAAUGCAACAUCUUCCAGACGAGUUUCUGGAGAAGCUUAAGAGUGAACUUCGGUUUAUUGUAGAAGGAAGUGCUGGUUCUCUGCAUAGAGAGGAGUUUAUGUUCCUACAGAAGCUCGUUCAUAUGAGGAAUGAUUUGAAUGAUAAAACCUUGGUUACAGCACAAAGGAUCCAGCUAGAAAUUCUUGUUGCAAUUAAGACUGGUAUUCUGGCCUUUUUGCAUCCAAGUGUAAGUCUUUCUCAAGCUUCUCUAAUUGAGAUUUUUCUCUACAAGAGGUGCAGAAACAUAGCAUGUGGUAGUCUGCUUCCGGCAGAGGACUGUAGAUGUGAAUCUUGCUGUAUGAGAAAUGGUUUCUGCAACCUUUGUAUGUGUGUGAUUUGUAACAAGUUUGAUUUUGAGGUGAACACGUGCCAGUGGAUUGGGUGCGAUUUUUGUUCUCAUUGGACACACACGGAUUGUGCUAUCCGUAAUGGACUGAUUGAGAUUGGCCCUGGUGUUAAGACCAGUUCAGUUCCAGCAGGUAUGCUUUUCAGGUGCAGAGCUUGCAGUAGGACGUCUGACCUAUUGGGUUGGGUCAAAGAUGUGUUCCUACACUGUGCACCAAGUUGGGAUCAUCAAGCACUCAUAAGAGAACUUGAUUAUGUCGGUAGAAUUUUCCAUGGGAUUGAGGAUCCUCAAUUGAGGAAACUGAUCUGGAAGUGUGAAGAACUGGUAGACAGACUGAAAAGUGGGAUGGCAGAACCCAUGGCUUGUAAAAUAAUUAUGCAGGUCUUUCAAGAGCUUGACGUGGAGCCCGCAAAGAAUUCAGAAAGUGAGGAAGGUGGUCGGAUGAUAGCCCCACAGGAGGCCUUCAACAAGAUUGCUGAUGUAGUAAAGGAAGCCAUCAGAAAAAUGGAAAUGGUAGAAGAGGAGAAGAUGCGUAUGGUAAAGAAAGCCCGCCUGGCUGUUGAGGCUUGUGAUCUAGAGCUCAAAGACAAAGCCAGGGAAGUGGCAACUCUGAAAAUGGAGAGGCAGAGGAAGAAACAACAAAUUGACGAUCUUGAAAGCAUUGUGAGGCUCAAAGAGGCCGAAGCCGAUAUGUUUGAGGGCAAGGCCAGUGAGGCUAGGAGAGAAGCAGAUAGGCUCCAAAGGAUUGUGCUUGCCAAAUCUGACAAGUCAGAGGAAGAUUAUGCCACCAGAUAUCUUAAACUUCGUUUGAACGAGGCUGAAGCUGAGAAGCAGUAUCUGUUUGAGAAGAUUAAGCUUCAGGAGAGUUCACGGGCAUCACAGAGUAGUGGUAGUGCUGGAGGAAGCGAGGCUUCUCAAAUGAUGAUGUACAGUAAGAUGCAGGACAUGCUGAAGAAUAUCUAUGGUUUGUCUUCUAAGGCUGAGGGCCAACCAGAUGACUUCAACAACCUUGGUGCAAUUCCUUGAGCAAGAUUUGUGUGCAUCAGGUGGUUAUUACUGUUUCUAGAAAAUUGUUAGCUUAGGAAAGCAAGGCAAAACUCAUUGAAGCAUUUAACGUCUGCACUAUUUUAUGAAACAUUGUGCAUAUUCCUGCGUCAAUGUGUAUAAUUUCUAAUUUGCGUAGCAAGUGUAUGGUGCCUUGUGUUUCUAGAUUGGCUGAGGUUGGGUGGACCAAAAUUGACAAUGAAUCUGUAUAUGCAUGUUUAAUGUUCCUUUG